UCUUGACGUUCCAUAUGUCAAAUUAGAAAUAGAUAUUUGAGUUAACGCGUCGAGCUUGCUUACGUAUACGAAACUGAAAUACAUAAACGAAUAUAGUAGACAAGGAUAUUAAACUGUUUCGUGCAAAACUGUAAUUAUCAAGUUAUCGUGUUGAGCACAAUAAAGAAAAUAUUAGGAAUAAGAAUUAGAAAUAGAAGUUAAACGUGGCCCUUACCUUACAAUAACCUAAAACAUAUUUGUAUUUUCCGACUUUGUAUUUAUCAAAAAUCUUAAAAAAAAAAACUAAGAAACAUGACUGUCAAAUUGAAGCUGAAAGAUGUGAAGGAUAAACUCAAGGAUGAUACUUUGGAUCUUAGUUUGUGCGAUCUGGAAGAAGUACCUGUGCGAGAAAUUGCAUUUCUUAGAAAAGCUACAAAUGUAAAUCUAUCAACUAAUCUUUUGGUUUCACUACCGAUCACUUUUGUUACUCUAAAACAAAUUGUAAAAUUAGAUCUCAGCAAAAAUCUGUUAGUGGAACUUCCAGAAAAUUUUGGUGAGAUGACACAGUUAAAAUAUUUGGAUUUAUAUUCUAAUAAGAUUAGCAGAUUACCUUUGAGUUUGAGUGAAUUAAAGAACUUGAGAUGGUUGGAUUUAAAAGAAAAUCCUUUAACUGAAGCUGUAGCCAGUGUAGCAGGACCAUGUAGUAACAUGAGUGAAUGCCAAGCAUGUGCACGUAAUAUAGUCACUUAUCUGUCUAAUGUUAAACUUGUAAUAGAAGAAGAACGAUUACGAAGAUUGAAUAACAUUACAGAAAAGGAAAUUGCAAAGAAAGAGGGUAAAAAAAAAAAGAAAAAAAAUUCAGAUAAAGAAGCAAAACUAAAUGGAAAUAAACUUGAGCCUCAGAAAUUGAACAAAGAUUGUCAAGACAGUAAUGAUAAUGUACUGUUAACAGAAUUAUCAAAUAAUACGUGUACACAUAGAUCAUAUAAAUCCACAGAUACUGGUUUAUGCCAAUCUCUUACAUAUAUGAUUGUAUGGUUCUUCGUAAUUAGUUUAUUACUCACCAUAGCACUUAUUAUGUCAUGGCGUUAUGAACAACAAACGGAUAUGUUUUUGCAAAGUGCGCAGACACUGUUGGGAUUGCCACUAAAAAAUUAUUACAAGUAUACUACAGACAUGUUGCAAUAUACAAUAAAAAUCACAACUGUACAAUUAACAUCAAUUAUUGAUAUUAUGAAUAAGUUCUGUAAAACACAAUUUGGAAACUAUGUAAAUAAUACAGAACAAGAAUUAUAAAAUCGUUCGCUUCUUUUCAUCAGUAAUGGAAAUGAGCACACUUGUAUGUAUACGCGCGCGCGUGUGUGUAAUAAUAUUUCAAUAAUAUAUAUAAACACAUUUGAUAUUGUGUUAUAUCAUAGGAACUUAUUUUCGUAAGACAAUAAAUAAAUGUAAAACUCUCUGCUAACACAUUGUUUAGUCUGAUUAAUAUGAACCAUGUUUUAUAUUUUUAUACAUGUUAUUGCAUAUAAAUUAUCACAUGUAGAUAAAUUAAUAUGUAAGUAAAUUGUAAUACAAAUAAUCAAACGAUAAGUAAUAUUUUACAUGCAAUAUAGUGUGAGGCAAUUUGUGACUAUAUACGAGUUAGGAAAGUUAAGAAGAGAUAAAAUUUUUAUAUAGCUCUGCGUAUAACUGAAUCAAUCCAGUUCUUUUUAGUCUUGAAUCGAGUGUAGAAAAUAAGAAAACAGUAUUUUCAUUUUUUCUGUUUGUAUUUUUAUUUUUUCGUAAACAUGACAAAGAAAUCAAAUAGUACAAAAAAAGUUUCAUCAAAAUAAAAAAUUUGUAAUCCAAAGUGUAACUCAAAAAUCCAAAUUUGUAAUCCAAAUCCAUUUGGGUUGAUCAAGAAUAUGAGCAUAGCCUUCGAUGUAAAAAUCGUCACUAAUGUUGUUUUUGUAAAAAAAAAUUAUUUAUCUUGUUCACAAAGUUACAAUUACAAGGUUUUCACUUAUAAAAUUAUAUGUUUGCAACGAUGUUGCACUUCUGAGUUGUCGGCGCACAAAAGAAAACGCUCUUAUUUAUAUUCAACAGUCAGAAAAUAAAUUUUCUAAAAGAA